CAUGCACCAAGGCAGAGCAAGUUAAGACACACCAGGAUAGAAUGAAGGAAGGCUUAAAAAUAGAAGAGUUCGGGGUUCCUGUGUCAGUAGCAAGGGCUUGAGCUUGGGAAAAGGAAAACUAUAAGUCAAACUUAGCACAGGCCGUUAUAGAUAAACUGAGGCACAACACGUGCAUGUUUAAAGUGACACAAUUCUCUGAGACUACAACUUCUGUGACAGCUACUGCUCCUGCCUGCUCGAAUUGUGGCUUCUACAGUUUUAGGCCUUUAGGUAAAAGAAUGCUGGCACACCUGCUGUCGUUCACCCGCUCUCUGGUGAGAAGGAAAAAUGUGGACUGUUUGGAGGACACCAAGCUGUGUCGGUGCCUCUCCACAGUGGACCUGGUCGCUCUGGGUGUGGGCAGCACACUGGGUGCCGGGGUCUAUGUCCUAGCUGGAGAAGUUGCCAAAGGUGAUUCCGGCCCUAGCAUCGUGGUGUCUUUCCUUAUAGCUGCUCUGGCUUCUGUCAUGGCAGGCUUGUGCUAUGCUGAGUUUGGAGCUCGAGUGCCCAAGACAGGCUCUGCUUAUCUGUAUAGCUAUGUGACAGUAGGAGAAUUCUUGGCCUUCAUUACAGGAUGGAACCUGAUUCUCUCAUAUGUUAUAGGGACUUCAAGUGUUGCCCGAGCUUGGAGUGGAACAUUUGAUGAACUAAUCGGGGGACAUAUUGAGCAGUUCUGCAAAUUACACUUCAGAAUGAACAUGCCUGGCCUGGCAGAAUAUCCAGACUUCUUUGCAGUUUGCCUUAUAUUACUUCUAUCAGGUCUUCUCUCCUUUGGGGUUAAAGAGUCAGCAUGGGUCAACAAAAUCUUUACCGCCAUCAACGUGCUUGUGCUUAUGUUCGUCAUUGUCUCUGGUUUCGUCAAAGGAGAUUCUUUCAACUGGAAGAUAUCAGAAGAAUCCCUUAUAAAUGUGACUAUUCUGACAAGAAAUCUGUCCCACACUGGGAAUGUUACCAGUGAUUAUGGUGCUGGUGGAUUUUUGCCUUAUGGCUUUGGGGGAACCUUGGCUGGUGCAGCCACAUGCUUCUAUGCCUUUGUAGGUUUCGACUGCAUUGCCACCACAGGCGAAGAGGUGAAAAACCCCCAGAGGGCUAUUCCCAUUGGUAUAGUUUCUUCGCUGCUGAUUUGCUUCCUGGCAUACUUUGGUGUCUCUGCUGCUCUUACCCUCAUGAUGCCAUACUACCUUCUGGAUGAGAAGAGUCCUCUGCCUGUGGCCUUUGAUUAUGUUGGCUGGGGUCCUGCUAAAUAUGUGGUAGCUGUGGGAUCACUGUGUGCGUUAUCAACCAGUCUGCUGGGCUCCAUAUUCCCAAUGCCACGUGUAAUCUAUGCUAUGGCAGAGGAUGGGGUGCUUUUCAAAGUGUUAGCCCGAAUCAAUCCUAAGACGAAGACCCCACUUAUUGCCACAAUGGCCUCCGGUGUAGUUGCAGCUAUCAUGUCUUGCCUUUUUGACCUUAAGGCCUUAGUGGACAUGAUGUCCAUUGGCACUCUGCUGGCAUACUCUUUGGUUGCUGCUUGUGUUCUUAUUCUCAGGUAUCGUCCUGACUCUGCGCUCGAGGGCUCUAAAACUAAUGAGGUUGGGGAGUCUGAGCUGACUGAGUCUGAGUCCCACCUCAAUAGGUUAAAAGAUGGAGAAAUGUCUCUACACACUCUCCUCAGUCCCUCCCUGCAGCCCACAAAGAGCUCAUCCGCUGCUGUUAAUAUGGCAGUCGGGGUCAUAGCUAUUGUAGUGUGUGUCAUGAGUGCACUUACUACACAUUAUGGACAAGCCAUUCUUGCUAUGGAGUCCUGGGUCCUGGGAGUGCUGGCAGCAUCCUUUCUCAUCUUUGUAAUGUGUAUCAUCUUGAUCUGUAGACAACCACAGACAAGCAAAAAGGUGUCUUUCAUGGUGCCCUUGCUACCCUUUCUCCCCAUUCUGAGUAUAUUCGUCAAUGUUUACCUCAUGGUGCAGUUGAGUGGAGACACAUGGAUUCGUUUUUCUGUUUGGAUGGCUGUGGGUUUUCUUAUAUAUUUUGGUUAUGGGCUGUGGCACAGCAGUGAGCGCCAGAGGCAACGUCAGAACAUGGCACAGGCACCAGAGACAAAGAAGAUGUUUGUGAAGGAUGCCGCUGUUGACAAAUACAAUGAUAAGACCAGUCAGCUUUAAAAAAACACAUUGCUGUUUGUAGCUGAUUUUGCCUUAAAUUUGUGUGUGUAACAAGCCAUUGUGCUUUACCAACUGAGAGACCAGCUCAGCUCUGAGCUCAGCAUCAACCCCAGUGUCAUGGGUUGGCAUUGCUUCAUCUCCUAAGAGCUUAAGAUUAAUAGAGUGACUUUUAAAAAUUUGUAUGAAAUAUUAUGAUAAAAGGAUGAGACUAAGGCGUGGGUAACCGUCUGUUGCAUGACCCCUUUCUUCACUUUACUGUAGUUUUUGGCAUACAUUUAUGUUUGCCUGCUUUAGGGGUCACUCUACACAAGGACAGAAUUUUACAUGUUUACCAACCAACUUUUAACUACUUUUAUACUACACCUUCAAUUACAUGGUGUAUUUCUGAGGUAUGGAGAAUAGUUGGGUCAAAGAGCAUCAGCCCCAAGAGUGGUAUCGCCUGGUAGUGUCAGAUUGUAUUACACUUUUCAUUAAUUUUGCCAAACUAACUACAAAUGUAGACUAGUCUCUCUGUUAUGUUUUUUUUUCUCUAAUGCCCCUGUCAAACUGAGCUCCCACAAAAAAUUGGGUAACCACAGUAAGGACUUUUUUGUUCUUACACAAAUUGGCAGAAAUACAGAAGAAACCAGUAAGGACAUAGUAUUGUCUCCCUUGACAAGGUAAAAAAAAAAAAGCCUGGUAAGAAAGUGGCUGAAAGAAUUUUAUAAGAAUGACAGACUCUGGUUAGCACUGUUGCCUUUCACCUCCAGGGUCCAGUUUUGAUUCCCGCCUCGGGAUCUGUGUGCGUGGAGUUUGCAUGUUCUUCUCCAAGUUCUCUGGUUUCCUCUCACAGUCCAAAGACAUGCCGAUUAGGAUAAUUGGUGUUCCCAAAUUGCCCGUAGUGUGUGAGUAAGCAUAGAAACAUCGUAGGUUCAUGCUAUGUUGUAGAAGACCACAUUAAGUAAAGUUUUUGAGUGCUUACCACAUUGCAGCAGGUUAUCAGCAUGUCUAUGUCAUGUUCAGUGAAUUUAGAGGAAAUUCUGGAUUUAAUUUCCCACUACCUUCACUUUAUUCCCCACACCUUCUUUUUAUUUAUUUAGGCAUAAUGCUAAGAGUGUGUUGCAAUCUGAUUGAACAUAGUAUAUACUCUGUUCAUUCUCACUGGACCUGGUGAGCAUGUAAUCAUGUGCGCAUUGAGAACCUGAAAACAACGUGGAUAGGAAGUAGUACAGUAUGUUCCAGCAUUUU